CCUGUUAACCUAGAUCCAUAUCAACACAUGCACACACAUAAAGAUAAGAGAUUUGUAAUAUGUGUAUAUUGUACAGCUCUCAUGGAUAUAACACGGCUGGUUUCUGCUAUCCUGUGGUUGUGCACGUGUGUCCGUGCGUUACCCAGCGACUGCACGCCGUUGGAGGACCAUGUCCUGGACCAGUUCGAUCCCCGCACUGUCUUUGGAACGAACAAUGAAAUAUCCUCGCAUCAACCACCAAAGCGUGUGAGGUCCAAUAUCCGUCCUGGACGACCUCUUCCGACACAUGCUUUCUUCACAUCUCAAAUCAAAACCACCCGACCAGAGCCAAUGGUCCUUUGGCCUUAUUUUGCAACAAUGGACGCUGAAGGAAUUGCGUACGAUGCAUUUGAAUUUAAGCGCUUCAUAGACCCAGAGCGCACAGUGUAUGCUGACGGACAAUCUAUCUGGGAGGAAGGACGACCUUGGCAUCGGCUUCUCGACCUGGGGACCAACAUGUUCCAAAAGGUCAGCGGGCCGGAUGGGAAUCCGCUGGGGAAUUUUGACGGUGAGUCGGGUGUAAGAAUUGGUAUUGAGGGCAGUGGUGAACCGGAACUACAAGAUUUUGGAGACUUGUAUGGUAACUUUAUGUAUACGGGCAAUGGCGGUUCCAUGGAGGUUCCUUUGGUACGUGGUUCGAUACUUUUGACUCACAUUUUCAAGAACGCCAACCCCGUGAUAAGACCGUAUUGUCUUGACAACAUUAACGGCGAACAUCAUCAGUUCAAGUGUCCACUAGCUCCUGCGAGCAGUGACGGUGGAAGUGGAUACCUGAGCGCCACAUGCGCGGGCUCUAUAUUAAAAAUAACUUUACAUAACACACGACCGAUCAAGGACCUAGGUUUGAUACAAUGGGCGGCCAAUACGGCCAGUCAAUACGGUGCUAGCCACGGCAUGCAUAACUGUAACAGCCAGAAUUGUCGUCUGCUAGAUAAUGGAAAACAAGUGGAGAUAACAAUUCCUAACGCUUCCGGCACAAUGUCAUAUGCCAUCAACUAUAUAGGCCACUACCUUCUCCCGCCAGAUUGGGUUAAUAAUCCAAAUCAGGUCACAUGUAACGUGGGGAAGAAGCGAUCGUCUGCCGAGGAACGGCCGUCUGCUAAAGAGGAGCGGUCGUCUGCUAAAGAAGAACGUUCUAUUCGAGAUAUCGCAUUGCACGCGACUUGUGACAGCGGAAACAACGUGGAAAUACGAGUGGACCUUGCAGGAUAUAAGUUCGCUACACAUUUAAUUCAGUACGCAGUGGAAGCUUCAAACAACUGGAGCAACCCCCCACCCAUGAGAACUUGUGGAUCAAAUUGUGUGCGGAGUGGAAACCUUGUGAUUAUCAGAAGACAUUUGCCGUCCUCACAUAUUAAGCUAGCCAUCAAUAUCAUAGGUUAUGAAACCAUGCCAUAUUCACACUGGGUCUCGAGGCCACUAGAGCUUUAUUGUGGGUCGGGACACACGGUAAACUACGGUGGCAGGGGAACAAUACCCACUGUUCACCACACGAACCCACCACCUGUAACUUCAGCACCGCACACACAACCGCCUGUUCACCACACAGCUGCGCCACAUACAACACCUCAGCCACAUGUCACUCACCAAACUGGGGGUGGAACGCCGCUUACCGCAAACAAAAAGUUUAUCUUAGAAAUGAAUGAACAGGGCAACGAUUUGCCGCAUCAGACAAGAAAAUUUGUCUUGUAUUUUAGUGAGGAAGUAACACCACAUGUUCACCAGUCUGACAAUAAAAUCACGUUCUCUCCUCGUGCUGGCGGGAAUUAUAACGGACUGGUUCAGAUAGCUUAUCUCGGCGCAGGACCACGUGGUGGUCAUGGGAACGAUUCCGUGUUCGAUAAAUACGCCGGAAUAUAUUCAUACAAACCAAAAACUUCAUUUUGUGUUAGCGAAUCGACGAAUAAAGCACAUGUAACGUUUAAUUGGCACCCGAAUAACUUACACGCCACGUCACCAACUGCAUCACUCCUAAUGCUUAUGAUGCCACAUCACGCAUAUACCUUAGACAAUCGAUAUUCAUACAAUGUUCGAGACACAGUGUUUGGUUUUAAAGCAUACGAGGGCUCAAGUAUUGACCUACCUAUGGACCUUCCUCGAGCCUCCAUGGCCCCCGACUCCGGGGCCGUCAGCCGUCUCACAUCUCAACAAAAACAGGAUAUAGUUGCCGCGAUAGACCGGGAUGCAUCGAACACUUAUUUGGAUGCUAUUUGCUCACACUCGGACAGUUAUAAUGUUGGUAAAGCUAUAGGGAUGGUGGCCAGACUGGCUAGUAUAUCAAGGGAAUUUAACACCAAUCAUUUUACAAAGCUGGACACUUCUAUCAAAAAUUGCUUAGAAAAAUGGUUACGAGUACAAGAUACAUUAUCAGACAUGUGGAAAUUUAGAUACGAUACAGUCUGGGGCGGACUAUUUCUCCGAGCGACUAACGGAGAUUUAAAUUUCGGAGUAGAUUAUGGAUUCCCGUACUACAAUGACCAUCACUUCCAUCUGGGAUAUUUCAUAUAUGCUGCAGCUUAUUAUGUGAAACAUUAUCCCCAAUGGGGCCAAUCAAACAAACACAAACUAUAUCUUCUGGCACGAGAUGUCAGUAAUCCUUCACCAAACGACCCAUAUUUCCCCGUUGCCCGACAUAAGGAUAUAUACACGGGAUUCUCGUGGGCAUCGGGGCUUGUACCGGGAACUAGACAAGAAGAGUCGGCGUCCGAGUCGUUGAACUGUUACCAUGGUGUUGCUGCUCUGGGAGAAGCAUUCAACGACAAAAGUCUUCAACAUGCCGGACAAGUUAUGCUUGCAAUGGAACUACUUUCUGUGCGAGAAUAUUGGCAAGUGCGUCAACACAACCGAGAUCAUUUCCCGCCAAUUAUUCAAGAUACCGGUGUUUGCGGUCAAAUCGCCGAGGACAGUUUUUACGUUUACACACUUGAUUGGCCUUGUGACCCGAAUAGGUUCCCCAUGAGACAUGCAUGUUUGGUAGGAAUACAGAUUAUUCCAAUAACAUCUGUAUCAAAAUACUGGGUAGAUAAGGAAUGGGCUAGUUCAAUCAAACAUUCGUGCACAUCUGCUGUACACCCGGAGCAAGAAAGUUCAUAUAGCAUUGCAGACCAUAACGAGAGAUCUAGAACACUUUCUACUGGUUGGGCAGCAUUUUGUCUAGCAGCAAUGGCGCCUUUAGAUUCCACACAUCAAACAGAAGCCGCUAAUUAUGUACGAGACAAACGUCCCCAGCAGUUAGUGGGCGGGACAGGAGCUGCAAGCACCUUGCUCUUUAUCUAUGCUAGCACAUAAAUCUUAUUAUCUUAUAGAUAAAUACAUGUAUUAAAUAUAAAGAUAUAAAUUA